GGCCAAAUUAGCGGGCGUCAUAAUGCGUGAUAUCGCCCCGGUUGACAACCAUGAGCAUUUCCAGGUGUCCUGAAGUCAUUGGCGUGGUCAGGCGUAGGAGGUCAGCUGUCGUCAAGAUGAUAUUAGAAGAAAGCUUCGAUACGUACGAGAAGAUGCUGAGACAUUGUAGUGAAGCUUACAGUGUCGGUGAUUGCAUUACAAUAACAGAUGUGUGUAUGUGGCCUCAAGUGCAGAUGACAGAAAUAUAUAUGGUUCGAGUGAAAGAGGAGUUGAAUAGAUAGCCGUUGCCGAACGCUGUCUUGAGAAAUCUAGGUGAAAAUGAGGCGUUUAGACGUGGGUGGCGACUCUGCAGGAGCUUGGAGCGAGUUUUCUGGUGUAG